AUGAUCACCUACACACUUACUAAGUAUUACCACUCUAGAAUGAUGCCUUGGCUCAAUUUUGUUGUGUUGAUGCUGCUGCUUAGUUUCAACCAUCUCAAGACUCAAUUUACCCGUUUGGAUUCAAGAGACGUCGAUAUCGAUAUCACUGGUGCACAGAUGAUCCUUGUCAUGAAAUUGACUAGCUUUGCCUGGUCAUGUCGUGACGGUAUACUUUACAAUACUGAUCGUCCUCGGUUCCUGAAAGAACUCAAUCAGUUCCAAAGGUCCAGAGCCAUUCUUGAGCAGCCCUCCCUAAUUUCCUAUCUAGGUUACGUAUUCUUCUAUGCAUCUUUAGUCACCGGUCCUUCUUUUGAUUAUGCUGAUUAUGAGCGAUUCAUCUUGACAGAUGUGUUCAAUGAUGUUCCCGAGAAUAAGCGUCCUGGAAAGACCCGGAAGAGAAAGAUUCCAAAGAGUGGUAAAAUCGCUGCUCUGAAAGUUGUUCAGGGUGUAGCCUGGGCCAUACUUCUUCUCAUACUCAAACGUCGCAUCAAAGUUGAGUAUGCAGAGAGUAAUGAGUUUAUAGAGCGUCGUUCCUUCUUUUUCAGAAUCUUCUAUAUGUUGCUAUUAAGUUUUGUCCUGAGAUUGAAGUACUACACAGCAUGGUUGGUCAGCGAGGCUGCUUGCAUUGUGGUAGGAUUGGGCUAUAACGGUUACGAUCCGGUCAAAAACAAAAUGUACUGGAACCGUGUACAGAAUGUGGACUCUUGGAGUUUCGAACUUAGUCAAAACGUUCAUAAUUCUCUCGAGGCCUGGAAUAUGAACACCAACAAGUGGCUAAAGAACUAUGUUUACUUGCGGACAUGUAAUCUUGAUGCUAAGACGGGCAAACCCAUCUCUGGCGUCGUGCCAACCUUUCUCACUUUCCUCACGUCAGCCUUUUGGCACGGUACUAUGCCAGGCUACUACCUUACAUUUGUGGCAGGCGCCAUUAUUCAGACGGUGGGAAAGAUUUUCAGACACAACUUAAGACCUAUCUUUAUCACAAAAGACGGUAAAACCGUCUCUAAAUGGAAACCAGCUUACGAUAUUGUUUGCUUGUUUGUGACACAGUUAAGCUUUGGCUAUAUUACAGCGCCUUUCAUGAUCUUGGAGUUCAAAAGAUCGAUUGCUUUAUGGAAAACAGUAUAUUUCUGGCUUCAUAUAGCCUCCUUUGGGAUACUGUUCGCAUUUAAUGGACCAUAUAAGAAAUCUGUGUCUUCAUUUUUCCACCAGUAUUUCCUUGAAUCAUCUUCUAUUGAACUUGGCAAGAAAAAGAAAGAAGAGCAGAUAUCUACAGAGACAAAACUGGCCGAUCUCAAGGAUAACUUCGGUUCCGGCGUGGAUGUGUCAGAUCUACUUAAGCAGGAGAAUGAAAGUCAACAAACAUUACCAUCCUUUGACAACCAGGAUGAGUUACAUGACAAUGUGGCACUGCCUGACUUUGAUAUGGUAGAAGAUGGCAUCGAUAAGAUUUCUUCUGAAUUCAAAGAGUGGAAGGAGGAAGCCAUGAAGGGCAAGCAGGCUAAAGAAUUGACAGAUCAAGAGAUUGAAUCACUUAAGAAGGGACUUCAAAGUCUACAGUCAGAUAUGAACUAUUAUAUCAGUUCAUUGAAUGAUAUGAAAGACAAGAAGGAGUAG